GGGAGGCACUUAUUGCUUACUGAGGGGCUUUUUGCGCAUCAUUGGGGAUGCCGAGCCGUCCCGAGGAUUACGAGGUGCUCGUCACUAUUGGUGCCGGUUCCUACGGCAGAUGCCAGAAAGUGCGUCGGAAGGUGGAUAGCAAGGUGUUAGUCUGGAAAGAACUUGACUAUGGAUCUAUGACAGAAUCAGAGAAACAAAUGCUUGUUUCUGAAGUGAACUUGCUCCGUGAGCUUAAACACCCAAACAUUGUCCGUUAUUAUGAUCGUAUAAUUGACCGAACAAAUACAACUCUUUAUAUAGUGAUGGAAUACUGCGAAGGAGGAGACUUGGCUACUCUGAUAGCUAAAUGUACCAAAGAAAGACAUUAUUUAGAUGAAACCUUUGUUCUUCGAGUUCUCACACAGUUGGCCUUGGCCUUGAAGGAGUGUCAUAGGCGGAGUGAUGGUGGUCAUAUUGUACUACAUCGGGAUCUAAAACCAGCAAAUAUCUUCCUUGAUCAUAAGAAAAAUGUGAAACUUGGAGACUUUGGACUGGCCAGAAUACUGCACCAUGACACCAGUUUUGCAAAAACAUUUGUUGGUACGCCCUAUUAUAUGUCUCCAGAACAAAUAAAUCGCAUGUCCUACAAUGAGAAAUCUGACAUCUGGUCUCUAGGAUGUUUGCUAUAUGAGUUGUGCGCACUUUCGCCUCCAUUUACAGCCUUCAACCAAAAAGAGUUGGCAGAAAAGAUAAGGGAGGGAAAGUUCAGACGAAUUCCGUACCGUUAUUCAGAUCAGCUGAAUGAACUCAUCACAAAGAUGCUGAACUUAAAGGACUGCAAUCGGCCUUCAGUGGAAGAAAUUCUGCAAAACCCAGUGAUAGCAGACUUGAUGUUAGAGGAGCAAGGGAAAAACUUGGAGAGAAGAGGGCGAAGAUCGGGUGAGCAAGAAAAGGCAGAGAGACUACAUCAUUCAGGAACUCCAUUGAAUGAGCUGAAACUGAAAGAGCAGCAGCUGCAAGAGAAGGAGAGAGCAAUCAAAGAGAGAGAACACAGACUGGAACAGAGAGAGCGGGAGCUGUGUGUUCGGGAGAGACUUGCAGAAGAUAAACUUUCUAGGGCUGAGAGUUUGAUGAAGAAUUACAACUUGUUGAAGGAUCAUCGACUUUGGCUGCCAACAAAUAGCCCAGAUGAUAUUGGUGCGUUGCCAAACUUCCCCACGAGAAAAAAGAAGGUUCAGUUUGGUGAGGAAAGUAAAGAAAAUGCUCAGUUGAAUGACAGCCUGGAGUAUUUCCCCUCCGUACAAGACAAGUUCCCUAAUCUGAAGAAGCGCCUCUACACUGCUAACCUGCGGGCCCAAGCACUGGGUGAACUGGAGAAACAUUAUCAGCUGAAGAGCCGGCAGCUCCUUGGGAUGCGCUGAAACAGUGUCUUGUUCUGUUGUACAGAAAUAAGAUGUUUUAUGGUAUUUUAAAUUAGUUUUUGCUGACAAACUGUGCAAGUUGUUUUUUAAAAAACGGGGAAAAUAGUAUUCUAACUGUAAAAAAAAAAUCAGUAGAUUUUAUGAAGGUCUCCUGUUUUCAUGUCAGUUUGCAUUCUUAUGUCCCCUGCUUACUGGUAUUGCCUGAACAGAGCCAUCUAGUCCUAACAUUAAAUUUUGGAGUAGACUAAAUGUUGUGAUUGGGAUGUGAUUUUAGCAAUGAGCAUGAAACAGGAAUGGUUGAGGAAGCCAUUCUGCUCAGCUGGAAUGAAGCACUGAAUGCAAAACAUUUGCUCUUCAGCUCUGUCAAAUAUGUGUGUUCUGCUUGUUUAAGCCCACUGGGUAUCUUCUCUAAGUGCUUUAUCAGCAGAAAGCUGCAGUGAGCACAAUGUCUGUUUCUUCCCUGUUACAGAGUUUUGGAUUACUGCCAUGAUAGAGUUCUAGCGACACAUUGCAUAAUGGAAAAACACCACAAUUGCAUGUUCCAAAAGAAGCUUGAGUUUUGUGUAUCUAAUUGUUGCUGUAUAAGUACUGUUCACUCAGCCUCCCCUCCCAGGUUUACCAGCCAUUUAUUGUUAAAAGGCAGCUAUCUCAAAAGUCCUUCUGCAUAAAUUAAAUAGCUUUAAAAACAAAAUAGGAAAAGAACUGUUUGUUGU